UGUGUGCAGGAGAGGGCCCGCCCGGGCCCGGCCAGGCCCGCGUCGCCAUGGCGACAGCGCCGGCAGCUGCCAUGGCGGAGAAGGAGAGCGCCGAGGAUGGCAUAGUACCUGAAAUUGAGAAAAGGAUUAGAGAAGCUUUUGAGGUGUUUGACCGGGAAAGCAAUAAAACUGUGGAUGCCAGAGAUAUUGGUUGCAUUGUCAGGUCACUGGGUUGCUUCCCAAGUGAGGCAGAACUACGUGAACUGCUUGCAAAGUUAGUAGAAGAAGAAGAAGAUGAAGAAGCAACCAGAUUCAUUCAUAUGGAAAAAUUUCUUCCAGUGAUGACAAAAGUACUACUUGACAGAAGCUACUGGCCUAUUCGAGAAGAUGUUCUUCUACAUGCAUUUGAGGCUUUGGAUGAGAAUAAAUGUGGAUAUAUUACUAAAGAGGACCUGGUCAAAUAUUUGACUGAAGAAGGUGAGCCCUUUACUGAGGAAGAAAUGGAGGAAAUGCUCUCCAUUGCUCUAGAUCCAGAAACAGAUACUCUUCACUACAGAGACUACCUUUCAAAGUUGGUAGUAGAUGAAGCUAAGAUCUUCCCCUUUCAUGUUUGAGAUGCCUUUUGGUAACAAGAGUGAGCUUGGCACAUAGUUGAAAUAUGUAUUUUAAAGUAUAACAAAUCUCAGCUUGUGACUUGCUGCUUAUAAUUAAAAUAAAAUCUGUGAAGUUAUA